UUGUUAAUGUUGUGUGGACAGGAUUUAUCUCACUGGGAGUUUCAGGACAGCAGAGGAAGCUGCUGCUCAAGUUUAAUCUGUUAAGUUUUAACAUAGACACUUAAAUUUUAUUUCCAACUGAACAACUAUUUUUCCAAAUUCAGGAAAGUGAAUUUGAAGUGACUUCAAGGCUACAACAGUGCCACUAAGAUGCAAAAACAAGUGGAGGUCAGGAUGGAUGAAAACCAUCUGGAGACCAUUGUGGACGAGCCCGAGAGUGCAUGUAGCUCUUUCUGUGAUAAAAUCAUGAAGAACAUGGUUCUGACUCUAACCAUUCUAGGUGUGUUUCUGGGCUCCAUAUCUGGAAUGCUGCUGCGGCACAUAUCGCCUCUCCCUGCUGAUGUCGUUAUGAUCAUCGCUUUCCCAGGGGAGGUCCUAAUGAGGAUGCUGAAGAUGCUUAUUUUGCCUCUAGUUGUAUCCAGUCUGGUCACAGGACUUGCCGGUUUGGACGCCAAAUCCAGCGGUCGUCUAGGCACCAGAGCCAUGGUCUACUACAUGUCCACAACUGUCAUUGCUGCUGUUCUGGGGGUCAUCCUUGUGCUGCUCAUCCAUCCCGGUAACCCUAAGCUGAAGGCCAAUCUCGGACAAGGAAAAAAGAAUGACGAGGUGUCCAGCGUAGAUGCCUUUUUUGACCUCAUCCGGAAUCUGUUCCCAGAAAAUUUGGUGCAAGCCUGUUUCCAGCAGGUGUGUGUUUCACUGAGUUUGUGUUCUCUGUUGAAAUUUGUUUGGGUUCUUAGCGCAUCUCGUUAUUUUCUUCUGACUGUUUCUCAGGUUCAGACUGUCACCUCCAAAGUACAAGUGCCAACUAACAACACAAGGGCACCCCCGCAGUUCACAGUUAAAAGAUCACUUCAGUUCAAGGGUGGAAUGAAUGUCCUGGGUCUGAUUGGAUUCUUUGUCGCUUUUGGUGUAAUUAUGGGGAAAAUGGGAGAAAAGGCCAGGCUCAUGUUGGACUUUUUUAAUGUGUUGAACGAGAUUGUGAUGAAGCUUGUUCAUGCUAUUAUGUGGUACUCCCCUCUGGGAAUCGCCUGCCUCAUCUGUGGAAAGAUCAUCUCCAUUGCUGAUUUGGAGGUGGUGGCGAGGCAGCUGGGCAUGUACAUGAUCACCGUGAUUGUCGGCCUCAUCAUUCACGGAGGCAUCUUCCUUCCCUUGAUAUAUUUUGUAAUAGUAAAAAAGAAUCCCUUCAAGUUCUUUAUGGGACUAUUCCAGGCAUGGGUGACCGCACUGGGAACAGCCUCCAGUGCUGGCACCUUGCCUGUCACAUUCCGUUGUUUGGAGGAGAACCUGGGCAUUGACAAAAGAGUAACGCGGUUUGUCCUCCCAGUGGGGGCCACCAUUAACAUGGACGGCACAGCGCUCUAUGAGGCCGUGGCUGCCAUCUUCAUCGCACAGAUGAACGGAAUUGAACUUGACUGGAGCCAGGUCAUUACUGUCAGUAUGACAGCAACACUGGCCAGUGUUGGAGCAGCCAGUAUACCCAGUGCUGGACUUGUGACCAUGGUUCUGAUCCUGACUGCAGUCGGACUGCCCACGCAAGAUAUCAGCCUGCUGGUGGCUGUUGACUGGCUGCUGGACCGUUUUCGUACCUCUGUCAACGUGGUCGGAGACUCGUACGGAGCAGGCAUUGUUUACCACCUGUCCAAACAUGAGCUGGACUCAUUUGAUGCCCAGCAGACCCGCAUGGAUGAGUAUGAGAUGGAAAAGUCACAGUCCUACUACGAAAAUAACACCAACCACAAUGUAUACACUCAUCACAACUCCAUCUUGAUAGACGACUGCAAGGUACAUUUCACCCUAACGGACAUAGAGACCUGUAUGUAGAGGAUUCUCCCUGUUCUUCUGUGCUUGUGUGUUUUUUUCUAUCUGUGUUUUUUAUGUGAUUUCCUUCAUAUUCCUUUAUAUGGAUUAGUGACUAUGUAUGUGAUGUAUUCAAAUUCUCAUCUGAAAGAGCAGUUUUUUGUGAUGCCACAUCAAAAAGGAAACAAUUUCUUUUUGUAUUCAAUACAUUUGAAAUCCAUAUGAAACUCUUCCCUAAAUGACAGUUCAGAUUUGUCUUGUUGUAAUUUUAUUUCACAUUCCUUUGUUGUGUUUGAUUUUAAUUUAUUUUACUGUUAAUUUCUUUAUACUCAAUUGGACACGUAUUUGUGGCAGCCCUGACCAACUUACAAUAUUUCAGCCCAGCCAUUUUUCAGUUUUGUUGUUUGUGCUAUGCACAAAGACUGCUAUUUCAAGAUGACUUAUUCAAAGUGGCACAUUAGUUAAUGCCAUGCCGCUAUCAUAUUCUUUCCAUUAAUAGUGUAGUUAGCUGUUAGCUAAUUUUUUUAUUUAUAAAAAAAAAAACUUUUGUUACAUUUCUGCAUGUUAAAAAAAUGUUUUUGAGUCGAAAUGUGGUCAUUUAGUGAAUGACCAGUAUUGUAAUUUGGUUGGGCAGAGAAUCCAUAAAAUACAUGACCAACUUUCAUAAUAAACAGUCAGUAACUGCAUUUAUGUCUGUACACAAUUAUAAAUAAAAACAAUCAAAACUCACAAACUAAACUCAGGCCAGUAAAUGGCUUCUCUGCCCCCCCAACUUCUGACAGUGUGUAACUGUUGGUGCCUUGGAUUCCGUAGUUAGAUGCUUUUGAUAAUUGCUUUCAGGUAACCAUGGAAAAAAAUGGCAAGGCUGCAGAGUUCUCUUUUGUUGAGGAGGAACCAUGGAAGUGCGAGUAAAGCAGAUUCUGAUGCUGCUGCUUCGCCUUAUCCUGGGUUCUACCGUCAUUUUACUUUCUGCUGACACAGCAGAAAAAAAACACCUCCCAAAAAAACAUUAAAGAGUAAAUACUGCAAGACCCAACAGUGGGCAAGUCUUUUCACUCCUUCUGGAUUCGACCAAAUUCAUUUCUUCACUAUCGGACAAAUAAAUGUGUAUAAACCUGUGUAAGCUUUCUGUUAUCACUCAGAAUAAAAUCCGUCUGAUUCGUUAGAGCCUUACCUGCUGCUGCUGCUUCUGUUUCACGCAUGAGAAUACAAAGUGUAAAUGAGAUGCACUGACGCUGGUACUAUGAUGCAUGUGCAGGAAGGUUAAAUACUGCAUCACCUUUCACUGAGUCAGGAGAUUACACUAAGUUACAUGUGCCAGCUCAAGUCUAAAAAAGCAAAAGCUAAGGGCUUAGACCAUAAGACAGGAUGGGGGGUGGGGUUCUGAAUGUUCUCACAAACAGGUGCCCUCCCCCAUAUCAUUACAUUAUCCUGUGUACAGGCCCAUGGUGUGAGGCAACAUUUCUGUUUGGAGGAAAAUUAAAUAUAUAAAUAAAUGACUAAACACUGUGACGUGUUAAUUGCAAACCCUGCCUUGAACGUGUCAGUAACAGAUUGCAGUGAUUAAUAUUUCUAGAUAAAUGUGUUCAUAAUUAUCACAUUCAGGGUUAAUAUUUUAGCUGA